GGAAGUUGGAUUAGAUACGAGUUUGUUUUGAUUUUUGCAUUCCUUGUGUGGAGUUAACAAAUACAUACUGACUGAACUAAAUAGGCUACCAAAAUCACAUUCGACUGAAAAUGUCUAAACUACAGUUGUUGCGUGUGUUUCUAAAUGAGCGUUUAACUGCGGCUGCUGUGGAGAUUUUCGGUGCAGUUGAGAAAACGGUAGUGGAGUACCAGGAGGAGAAUGAUCGGCUACGGAGACUGCUGCGGAGGACACCAGAGAUGCAACUAUGUGGAAUAGACUCCCUGCAGCUCUCUGUCUCUGAAGAGGAGGUUCCCCCUGAGCAGCAGCACUGUGAGCAGGAGUGGAGCCCCAGUCUGGAGCAGAAGGACCCAGAGACCACACAGAUUAAAGAGGAACAGGAGGAAGUCAGGACCAGUCAGGAGGAAGAGCAACUUCAAGGGGUGGGGCCUGAUAUCAUAGAUUUAGAUUUCAAUCCUCCCUGUGUGAAAAGUGAAUGUGAUCUGGAGGACCCACUUUGGUCCUUGACUCUUCCUCAAACACAGACUGUGGAGAACAGAGAGAGAGUCUCUAAACCAGUGGAUCUCAAACCUUUUGGCACUGUGACCCACAUUAAGGGUCUCUACAUUCCCUGUGACCCUCCAGAUAAUCAAAACAAUGCCUCCAGUCACAGCUCAGCCGUAAUCAGCAACCCAGUAGGACUUGACAGCAGGUCACCAUUGGGUCCCAGUCCACCAUUGGAUCCCAGUCCACCAUUGGGUCCCAGUCCACCAUUGGAUCCCAGCCCACCAUUGGGUCCCAGUCCACCAUUGGGUCCCAGUCCACCAUUGGAUCCCAGUCCACCAUUGGAUCCCAGUCCACCAUUGGAUCUCAACUCACCAUUGGAAGAACACUGUUCCAAACUCAGCACCACGUCUAGAAGAACUCACCACUGCCAUGACUGUGGUAAAACAUUUGCUCUGAAAGCUGACCUGCAGAGGCAUGUGACUCUCACCAAGAAGACACCCAGUGAAUGCUGCUUCUGCAAGAAACUCUACAACUCCACCUGUAAACUGAAGGCCCAUGUCCGACUCUGUCACGGUGGUAAACCCUGUACCUGUCCAGUUUGUGGCAAGACCUUCAAAUACAAAGGAGUUCUGCCCAAUCACAUGAGGAUUCACACAGGAGAGAAAUCUUUAAGCCGUGGUGACUGUGGGAAAAGCUUCAGUCACAAGGGCGCCCUAAAUCUAUAUGAACUGACUCACACUGGGGAGAAACCAUUUAGCUGUGGUGACUGUGAGAAAAGCUUCAAUCUCAAGAAUAAUCUAACCAGGCAUAAACUGAUUCACACAGGAGAGAAACCAUUUAGCUGUGGUGACUGUGGGAAAAGCUUCAGUCUCAAGAAUAACCUAACCAGGCAUAAACUGAUUCACACAAGAGAGAAACCAUUUAGCUGUGGUGUCUGUGGAAAAAGCUUUAGUCAGAAAGGGGACCUGGGAAGGCACAAACUGACUCACACAGAUGAUAAACCAUUUAGCUGUGGUGACUGCGGGAAAAACUUCAGACAGAAAGGGGACCUAAGGAGACACAUACUGACUCACACAGGAGAGAAACCAUUUAGCUGUGGUGACUGUGGGAAAAGCUUCAAUCAGAAGGGGGACCUAAGUAGGCACAGACAGACUCACACAGGAGAGAAGCAACAUGGCUGCUCCGUCUGUGGGAAAAGAUUCAUUCGUAAGGCUCAUCUGCUGAAGCACGUCAAUAACAUCCACAAAGAGAGAAAACUGGAUGGAAACUAGAACAACGAAAAUUAGGAUUAAAAUCUAGUUAGGACAAAGAGGAUAUGCGGGUUAGCAGAUGGGAAUUUAAAAGGCAGGAUGUGGACACUUAGAAAAACAAAGCAACUCUGGAUUAUUGACGCUGUGGUUUUUCAAAUAAAUUAAUGUGUGAUGGAGUUACCUUUUUGUGAAACGUUUUAUACGAAUAAAGUUUCAUUUGAACGAUGAGGUUCUAAGAGUAGCAUCCCAGUAUUAUGGGAAUCUCACAGAUCUGAGGGAUGUACUACAAAGCAGGAGUUCACCAGCUAACAUGCCUAAAUAUUCUAUCAUUUAAAAAUAUAUAUAUUUUUAGCCAGAUCUUGAAAUGGGCAUGGUCUAAUUGAUUCACAACAAACAAAAAAAAACACAAAUUUAGAUUUUUUUCUAAAAUGAACCAGAAUUUCUGUGAACCACGAACCAGUUAUUUUUGGUUGCUUAUCAAAGAUCAAUAGCUAAAUCCUUGAUUCUGCUUUGUAGUAGACCCCUCUGCUAUUACAUGUUAAGCAUUUAGCAGACGCUCUUAUGCAGAACGACUUACAGGAGCAAUUAGGGUUAAGUGCCUUGCUCAAAGGGCAUUUCAACAGAUUUUUCACCUUGUUGGCUCUGGGAUUUGAACCAGCGACCUUUCGGUUACUGGUCCAACCCCCUUAACAGCUAGGCUACCUGCCGAUCCUGUCUAAAGUCUGUGGAUGUUUUCAAUAAAAAUAUAUAUAUAUAUUUGAUCUGUUUGUUUUGGAAUGUCUCUCAGGGUGGAGAGAAUUAUCUGACUGAUGUUAUUGAUACCAAAAAAAAAAAAUUUGUCAAAAAAUCUUCAUCCAUUUGUCCUAGUGUAUUUAUAAUAAAUGUUGACCUAAUGCAUCUUAUUAAUGGUAUUGAUUUGAUCUUGUAUUGAAUAAUGAUAUACAGUCGACUCCUGAUGAAGAAUGUAUUAUCCCAGAUCAUCCUGUAUUUAUGAUAACCAUUGUUCAGGGUUGGGUAGUAACGGAUUACAUGUAACGGGGAAUAGUUCAUCCAAAUUACAAAACUAAAGUAUGUAAUCAACCCGGAUUACUUAAAUUAAUAAUAUAUUUUGGGAUUACUUGUCUUCAUCUAAUUUCAAUAGGCAGUGGUGACUCAAUGUACCUUUUUAAAGGAAAUUCUGAUGCUUUGUGCCGGAACGCUACCUGUUCCAGAAUGUCCCUACCCUACUCAUCUGCCAUGACCUUCAACAGUCCAAUCAAAAGAUCGGGCAGGCAAGGUUCUCCCUUACUGCUUUUGUCCCCCAUUGUGAAACUCCACUAUAAACACACUCACACUCAGACACACAAAAUAACAUUGUUUGAUUAGGAACGUCUUAAUUUCUUAAAAUUCAAAAUAUAUAUAUAUUUUUUUAUAAAGAGAAAAUGGGGAAAAAAAUAACAAAUAUAUUCUGAAUUAUUAUAUGUAAUUUACCCACAUGGUAGUUUCUCCUAUGUAAAUGUCUGUGUAGGGUUUACAUUUCUAGCUUAAUAAUAAUGAGCGGAGUUAACCUCGGUCUCCCCGGGAACAAUCAGCAAGCGCAGUUAACCUCGGUCUCCCCGGGAACAAUCAGCAAGCGCAGUUAACCUCGGUCUCCCCGGGAACAAUCAGCAAGCGCAGUUAACCUCGGUCUCCCCGGGAACAAUCAGCAAGCGCAGUUAACCUCGGUCUCCCUGGGAACAAUCAGCAAGCGCAGUUAACCUCGGUCUCCCCGGGAACAAUCAGCAAGCGCAGUUAACCUCGGUCUCCCCGGGAACAAUCAGCAAGCGCAGUUAACCUCGGUCUCCCCGGGAACAAUCAGCAAGCGCAGUUAACCUCGGUCUCCCCGGGAACAAUCAGCAAGCGGAGUUAACCUCGGUCUCCCUGGGAACAAUCAGCAAGCAGAGUUAACCUCUGUCUCCCUGGGAACAAUCAGCAAGCAGAGUUAACCUCUGUCUCCCUGGGAACAAUCAGCAAGCAGAGUUAACCUCUGUCUCCCUGGGAACAAUCAGCAAGCAGAGUUAACCUCGGUCUCCCUGGGAACAAUCAGCAAGCAGAGUUAACCUCGGUCUCCCCGGGAACAAUCAGCAAGCGGAGUUAACCUCAGUCUCCCUGGGAACAAUCAGCAAGCGGAGUUAACCUCAGUCUCCCUGGGAACAAUCAGCAAGCGGAGUUAACCUCUGUCUCCCUGGGAACAAUCAGCAAGCGGAGUUAACCUCUGUCUCCCUGGGAACAAUCAGCAAGCGGAGUUAACCUCUGUCUCCCUGGGAACAAUCAGCAAGCGGAGUUAACCUCGGUCUCCCUGGGUGUAUUGAUACACCAUCCAAAGUGUAAUUAAUACCUUUCACCAUGCUCCA